GGAGUCUCACGCUGUCACCCUGGCUGGAGUGCAGUGGUGUGAUCUCAGCUCACUGCAACCUGAGCCUCCGGGGUUCAAGCGAUUCUCCUUCCUCAGCUUCCUGAGUAGCUGGAAUUAAAGGCGCCCGCCACUGCGCCGGGCUCAUUUUUGUACUUUUAGUAGUGACAGUGUUUCACCAUGUUUGCCAGGCUGGUCUCAAACUCCUGACCUCAAGUGAUCCGCCUGCCUCGGCCUCCCAAAGUGCUGAGAUUACAGGCGUGAGCAACCGUGCCAGUCCCUGUUACCUUUUUAAUUGUGGGGAAAUACACCAUUUAACCAUUCUCAAAGUGUUUGAUUCGGUGGCAUCAGCGUAUCCAUCAGGUUGUGGAGCCAUCACCACUGUUUAGUUCCAGGGUAUUUUCCUCACCACACAAGGAAGCCUGGCCACCCUUUAGCGGUCACUCCCCAUCCUCCUGUCCCCAGCUCCGGGCAAUUAUUAAUCGGCUUUCAGUCUCUGUGGAUUUGACUAUUGUGAUAUUUCAUAUUAAUGAAAUCAUACACUACAUGAGAUUUAUGGCUGGACUUUUCCACUGAACGUCAUGUCUUCAAGGUUCGUGCAUGCUGUGGCUUGCAUCUCAGCCCUUGGUACCUGUCACGGUUGAGUAAUAUUCUGUGGCAUGGGUAGGCCGUCGUUGGUUUGUCCGUUCCUCCAUAAUGGGUGAUUGCAUUGUUUGCAGUAUUUGGCUGUUGUGCAAGGUGCUGUUAUGAACAUUCAAGGAUAAGGUUUUGUGUGGACACACGUUUUGAAUUCUUUGGGGUAGACACUGCAGAGUGGAAGUGCAUGGUAAUCCUAGUUAACUUCUUAUUUUUUUUUUUGAGAUGACGUCUCACUCUGUCAGCCCAGGCUGGAGUGCAAUGGCACGAUCUCUGCUCACUGCAAGCUCCACCUCCCGGGUUCACGCCACUCUUCUGACUCAGCCUCCCGAGUAGCUGAGACUACAGGUGCCUGCCACCACACCCGGCUAAUUUUUUGUAAUUUUAGUAGAGACGGGGUUUCACCGUGUUAGCCAGGAUGGUCUCGAUCUCCUGACCUCGUGAUCCACCCGCCUCAGCUUCCCAAAGUGCUGGGAUUACAGGCAUGAGCCACUGCACCCGGCCAACUUUUUUUUUAUUUUUUGAGACGGAGUCUCACUCUGUUGCCCAGGCUGGAGUACAGUGAGUGCAAUGGCAUAAUCUCGGCUCACUGCAACCUCCACUUCCGGAGUUCAAGCGAUUCUCCUGCUUCAGCCUCCUGAGUAGCUGGGACUACAGGCGCACGCCACCAUGCCCGGCUAGUUAUUUUUGUAUUUUUAGUAGAGACGAGGUUUCGUCAUAUUGGCCAAGCUGGUCUUGCAAGUGAUCAUAUUGGCCAGGCUGACCGCAAGUGAUCCGCCCACCUUGGCCUCCGAAAGUGCUGGGAUUACAGGCGUGAGCCACCACGCCUGGACCAAUUCUAGUUAACUUUUUAAGGAACCGCCAAACUCUCUUCCACAGUGUGGGGUCAAGCCACUUCUAAGACUCCCAUUAAACACCCAGGAGGAAGUGUCCAGUGGGCAGUGGGGUAUUCUAGCACCGAGUCAGGGGAGGGGUCCAAGCUGGAGCUGAAAAGGAAAGGUGAGGCCCCAAGCAGGAGGGCGAUGGAGCUCACUGAGGCUCUGGAAGGUUCACCUUCCAACCCUCUGCCCAUCCCCACCAGCAGCAAUGUUGUUGACAGUGGUGUGGUCCCUAGACACACACACGAUGGAUGGUGGCAUAUAAUAGAAAAUAACACCGAGUGAUAUUUAUUGACUCAAUCCCAUCCACCCCCUCCAUCCCUUUAUGCUGCUUUCAUUUCUUCACGGCUUCCUUCAUCAUUCCUUUUUAUUUCUUCACAAUUGGCGUCAACAUGUGUCCCAUUCAUUUGUGUCCAUCUGCUGACUGUCCCCCCUCACUAGCACGUAAACCCCCGUAAAGGCAGGAACCCUGUGGGCUUACUCACUGCUGCAUCCUCAGCCCAGGGAGGCUGCUCAGGAGACAUUUAUUGAAUGAAGAUUUGCAGAACGAAUGCACACCCCGCGCAUCAUGCCUGCUCCUGGGAAGCUCUAUGGCAGCCUCUCGGCAGCUAGCUCAGGGCGGGGGCUGUUCAGAUCAGGUUCUUGCAGAGAGGAAAUGUAAGACUCCGUGGGCAGUCACCCCAGACCCCUGGGGGGUUCCUCCUGCAGGUAGAGCUCAGACGUUUCCUUCUCCCGGAACCCAAGGCCAGGCAUCCUUCCCACCUCUAUCAUCCCUCUAGGUCCACGGGGGUGGGCGUGUCUGGGACUUGGCUGGACUGUUGCCAUAGAAACAGCUGGAAGACCUGCCCACCACCACCACCAACUCCCACCUCUCUUCUGCAUCACCUUUUCUCUCUCUUUUGAGACAGGGUCUCACUCUGUCAACCCAGGCUGGAGUGCGGUGGUGAAAUCACAGCUCCCUGCAGCCUUGAUCUCUGGGACUCAAGUUAUCCUCCCACCUCAGCCUCCUGAGUACCUGGGACUAUAGCCUGGCGGCCCAGUGCGACCCCCUGCAAGCCCCAUGCCGGCCCUCCUGCUCCUCGUACUCCUGGCCUCUAGCGCCGGCCAGGCCAGGGCGCGCCCGUCCAACGCCACGAGCGCCGAGCCCGCGGGCCCGCUGCCCGCCCUGCUGGCGCACCUGCGGCGCCUGACCGGGGCGCUGACGGGCGGCGGGGGCGCGGCGAGCCCAGGCGCCAACGGCACCAGGACCGGCCCCGCGGGCGGGGCGGGCGCGGCGGCCCGGGCGCCCCCUCCCGCCGAGCUCUGCCACGGCUACUACGAUGUCAUGGGCCAGUACGACGCCACCUUCAACUGCAGCACCGGCUCCUACCGCUUCUGCUGUGGCACCUGCCACUACCGCUUCUGCUGUGAGCACCGUCACAUGCGCCUGGCGCAGGCCUCCUGCUCCAACUACGACACGCCGCGCUGGGCCACCACGCCGCCGCCGCUAGCUGGGGGCGCCGGGGGCGCUGGGGGUGCGGGCGGGGGGCCAGGGCCCGGCCAGGCCGGGUGGUUGGAAGGGGGCCGGACUGGGGGUGCCGGGGGCCGCGGGGGCGAGGGCCCCGGGGGCAGCACAGCCUACGUCGUGUGCGGGGUCAUCAGCUUCGCCCUGGCCGUGGGCGUCGGCGCCAAAGUGGCCUUCAGCAAGGCGUCCCGUGCGCCCCGGGCGCACCGGGAUAUCAACGUGCCCAGAGCUCUGGUGGACAUUCUGAGACAUCAGGCGGGGCCUGGGACCCGCCCGGACCGGGCCCGAAGCAGCUCCCUGACCCCGGGGAUCGGCGGUCCCGACAGCAUGCCCCCCAGGACGCCCAAGAACCUCUACAACACCGUGAAGACCCCCAACCUCGACUGGCGAGCCUUGCCGCCGCCCAGCCCCUCCUUGCACUACUCCACGCUGUCCUGCUCUCGGUCCUUCCACAACCUCUCGCAUCUGCCCCCGUCCUACGAGGCUGCCGUGAAAUCCGAGCUGAACCGCUACUCUUCCCUCAAGAGGCUGGCCGAGAAGGAUCUGGACGAGGCCUACCUGAAGCGCCGGCCCCUGGAGUUGCCCCGCGGCACGCUGCCCCUGCACGCGCUGCGGCGGCCGGGCACGGGGGGCGGCUAUCGCAUGGAGGCCUGGGGCGGCCCAGAGGAGCUGGGCCUGGCGCCCGCGCCCAACCCCCGGCGGGUCAUGUCCCAGGAGCACCUGCUGGGCGAUGGUGGCCGUUCGCGCUACGAGUUCACGCUGCCGCGCGCGCGCCUGGUGUCGCAGGAGCACCUGCUGCUGUCCUCGCCCGAGGCUCUGCGCCAGAGUCGCGAGCACCUGCUGUCGCCCCCGCGCAGCCCCGCGCUGCCCCCCGACCCCACCGCCCGGGCCAGCCUGGCCGCCUCGCACUCCAACCUGCUGCUGGGGCCCGGGGGGCCCCCAACACCGCUGCGCGGGCUGCCGCCACCGUCCAGCCUGCACGCCCACCACCACCACGCCCUGCACGGCUCGCCGCAGCCCGCCUGGAUGUCCGACGCCGGCGGGGGCGGGGGCACACUGGCCCGCAGGCCGCCCUUCCAGCGCCAGGGCACGCUGGAGCAGCUGCAGUUCAUCCCGGGCCACCACCUGCCCCAGCACCUGCGCACAGCCAGCAAGAACGAGGUGACUGUCUGAGGCCAGGGCCGGGUCUUGGGGGGCUGCGGCCUCCGGGGCCCCCCGUCCCAGCCUGGAUCCCCCGACACAGGCGCACACAUGCCAGGGGCCUGGGGCCCAGAUCGGCCCUUGGACAGGAGUGAAAGCCUCCUUCUGGGAUGUCCUGGCAGACAAGAUUCCUCCUCCUAUUACUUCACUGCUUGAGCCAAGGCCUCCUUCCCAUGAUGUCAUCCCAGAGGAAGAGGCCGGCCCAUGAGGUCAUCACUAGCAAA